AUGCCCGGCGACUCGACGCCGGCAGCCUCACAAGCCGCGUCCACCAGCGCCCUCAAAUCCGCUCCCAGCGCCGCCUCGCACCCGGACCCAUCCUCCAUAACGGUAACGAAAGCCAUCCCCCCAACCUUCGACCUCGGCAACCUCCUCUGCCACGACCCGACCCCGCUGCCCCCCUUGCCGCCCCCCGCCCUCCUCGCCGCCACCGCCCGCGACUGCGCCCAGUCGCUCAUCAACCAGCUCCUGACCGCCUGCCCCGUCGUCACCGCCGCCGCCGGCGGCGGCGUCCUGAUGGCCCUGCCGCCCGCCACGUUCCCGCUGCCGCGGGAGAAGCCGCUGCCGCGGAAGAAGGCGGAGACGACGUGGGAGCGGUUCGCCAAGAAGAAGGGGAUCAGGGAUCGGAAGCGGGGGGAGGGGGGGAGGGAGUAUGAUGCCGGGAAGGGGGAGUGGGUGCCCAGGUGGGGGUACAAGGGGCGGAAUAAGGACGGGGAGGGGGGGUGGAUUGUGGAGGUCGAUGAGGAGAAGGAGAGGGGGUUGGAGGGGGAAGGGACGGGGAAGACGGUUCGGGGGGAGGGGAGGAGGGAUAGGGUGGAGAAGGUUAGGAGGAAUGAGAGGAAGCAGAGGGCUAAUGAGAGGAAGGGGAGGAAAUCAGGUGGUGGAGGAUAA